AACCCGCUACUCCUUCAUCACCAUCACCACCACCACCACCCACUACAGCAGUCGCCGCCGCCAUGUCAGGCUCCGCCGCCCGCCACUGGGAGCAGGACAAGGAGGCCACCGUCUACGUCGGUAAUCUCGACGAGCGCGCCACCGACACGCUGAUCUGGGAGCUCAUGAUCCAGGCCGGCCGCGUUCGAAAUGUCCACCUUCCCAAAGACCGCGUCACCCAGUCUCACCAGGGUUUCGGUUUUGUCGAAUUCAUGACCGAGGAGGACGCCGACUACGCCUCCAAGAUUAUGAAUGGCGUGCGCAUCCACGGCAAGCCCAUCCGCGUGAACAAGGCCUCGGCCGACAAGCAGAAGACUGUUGAGAUCGGCGCUGAGCUCUUCAUCGGCAAUCUCGAUACCAUGGUCGCUGAGAAGGAAUUGUAUGAUACCUUCAGCCGCUUCGGCCCGCUGGUCAACAUCCCCAAGGUCGCUCGCGACGACAUGAAUAUGUCCAAGGGUUACGCCUUUGUUUCCUUCGCUGACUUUGAGUCCUCCGACGCCGCCAUCGCCAACAUGAACGGCCAAUACAUGAUGAAUAAGGAAAUCUCAGUGCAGUAUGCCUACAAGAAGGAUGGCAAGGGUGAGCGCCAUGGCGACGAAGCGGAGAGGCUGCUCGCAAAGCAGGCCAAAGCCCAUGGUGUCACGCCCGCUUUCCAAGCCAUCAACCCGGCUGUGUUUCAACAACAACCAGCCCCAGUCCCCAGCGCUCCGCAAGCUUUGAUGAGCGGCGAUGGUCGCGGCGCCCAUGGACCUCCGAAUGGACCCACAGGAUACGGACCCCCCCCUCCCCGUGCGCCUGUCUCCCUUCCUCCUCCCCCGUCGGGGUUACCAGCUCGCCCCCCAAGUGGGACCCCAGCCAACUUCUAUCCGCCGCCCGCUGGCUUCACCAACACACCACCGCAUGGUUUCGUGCCGCCAAACACACCUGCAUUCCCAGCCGCCCCAGGCCAGGGCCCUGGUGCUGGAUAUCCAAUACCUCAAGUUCAAGUCCCACCUGGAUAUCCCCGGCGCUGAAGACUUGCUUCAUAGUCUUUGGUCUAAUCCAAGUGUAUCAAGCUCCUGACUAGAUGAGUGUAACAACCUUGGCAGGCCCUUGCGCAUUAAUGGUGGAUUGUUACAAACUCAAUAUUCCCUUCAUCAUUUGUGGCAAUUGGAAG